AUGUCUCUGACCGACUUCAAGAAAGCAGUCACCGAACUCGAAACCCCUCCUCCAUUUUCACCUGCCCGGAUAUUUGGGAAUGGGGUCAACCACAUCUACACGACGAUGAUGGAGAAAGCCGUGGCACGACGCACUCUGACACUGCUGUUGCGAAUGCCUCUAGGCUCCCUGCGCGCUGAGCUGAAAGGUCUACCAAUUGUCAUCCACGAAGUCACACUGUGCCAUCCUGAAUGCAUCACGCAUCAACGUCCCUUCCACUUCUUCAGCUUCCCCCCUCAUGCGCUGAUCGUCCUCUCAACAGCCGCCCGCCUAUCUUCCACAACCGACCCCAACAGCGCGACCGCGAGACGCGAAGCCGACGCCACGAACUCCGGCCUGCGCAUUGAAGCCAAGGUCGGGGACGGACUCACAAGGACCUCCGUCGAAGCGAGCAUCGAACAAAAGGACGUGUGGCAGUACUUCGCGCGGCAUCGCGGGCUGGUCGCGUGGCAUCGACGAUGCGAAAAGUCGAGCAGUGCAGGGGGAGCCGAACUUGAGAUUCUCCUGGAUUCGCCGUCUGGGUCCUAUCCUGCUAGAGCCCUGCAGCACUCCCUAAAGUCUGUCUACAAUUCCCCAAAGCUAUUCGGCACGUUCGGCGGAACCCCGAAAGCGUGGGAGUGGAUGAUCCGAGUCAUCUCGGCGUACGCGACUGGCGUGAACAGCAGCGGCACUAGAAUGGCUGUCUUCGGGAUAGGCGUCAACGCAAACUUGACGCCGAUAUGCCGCGGUGUGCUUAAUCCGUUCAACCAUGGGGAGUCAAGGGCUGCUGCUCUGACCGAGAACAGCGUCUCUCCAGGAUCUGGUACACUCAUUGAUGAGGCCUUGAGCUCUGAUAUCACCCACGGCAUCUGGGCUGGUAGGAACACAUGUGCUCUGGCAGGUUCUCUCAACCUGGGCUUCUCAAAAGACGCCGAACAGAGCCUGUUUAGUAAGGGCCGGGAAUGA